AUGUCGAAAAUAAAAUCAUCAUCGAAGACUAGCAAAGGAGAGGACAAGGUUGUGUCCAAAGUUAAGAAUGGCUCUGUGACAAAGAGUUCUGUCGCUCCAAAAUCGAAGGUCAAAGAGAUGGCCAAGAAAAUUGUCAAGGAAGACAAGAAAUCUAAGAAGAGGGAGCCGUCACCUUCGGAAUCGGAGUCAGAGAGCGAGUCCAGCGAUGGCACCGAGGCCUCUAGCAGCGAAAGUGAGAGUGAAAGCGAGACAGAGACAAAACCUGCUCCCACUAAAGCCGCCACCAAGACUGCCAGAGUUGAGCCCGAAUCUGAAUCUGAAUCCGAAUCCGAAUCCGAAUCCGAAUCCGAAUCCGAAUCCGAUUCUGUAUCGGAGGAAUCAUCCUCGUCCGAGGAUGAGAAACCUGCUACCAACGGCAAGAAGGUGGAGACAAGUGAGAGCAAUGAAUCUGAAUCCGAAAGUGACUCUGAUUCUGAUUCUAACUCUGACUCCGAAGCUUCCGCUACUGAAGAAACGAAACCAGUUGCCAAAGCUGUAGCAAAGGAAUCAACUAUAGAGGAGUCUGAUAACGACAGCGAUAGUUCCGAGGGAUCCGAGGAAGAUUCAUCGGAUGAAUCAUCGGAUGAUUCGGCUGAGGAAUCGGCUGAGGAAUCAGAAGAAGCAGAAAACGCUGAGGCUGAGAAGCCAUCUUCCAAGUCUCAGAAGCGCAAGGCUGAAGACGAGGAGGAGGAGGUCUCCGCACCCAAGAAGACAAAGGUGGAUUCCAAUGAAGGUGGGAACCUCUUCAUCGGUAACCUGUCAUGGAAUGUCGACGAAGAAUGGCUCCGAUCCGAAUUCGAGGAAUUCGGUGAGCUUGCUGGCGUGCGCAUUGUUACCGACCGCGACAGUGGCAGGUCGAGAGGUUUCGGAUAUGUUGAGUUCACCAACGCUGCGGAUGCGGCCAAAGCUCACGCAGCCAAAAAGGAUGCGGAGCUCGACGGCCGUAAACUGAACGUCGAUUUCGCCAACGGUCGUUCCAAUGCUGCCCCAAAAGAGCGUGCGCAGUCCCGCGCUCAAAACUUCGGUGACCAGACGAGCCCCGAGAGUGAUACCUUGUUCAUCGGUAACAUCGCAUUUAGCGCAAACGAGAACAUGAUCUCCGAGGCCUUCGCGGAACAUGGAUCGAUUCUUGGUGUGCGUCUCCCCACCGACCCAGAGUCUGGCCGUCCCAAAGGCUUUGGCUACGUACAGUUCUCGUCGGUCGAUGAGGCGCGUUCCGCUUUCCAGGCCCUCAAUGGUGCUGACCUUGGAGGGCGUUCGAUGCGCCUCGAUUUCAGCUCCCCUCGCCAGAACUCUGGAGGCGGUGGACGUGGUGGAGGCGGACGCGGUGGCGGUCGUGGUGGCGCCCGCGGUGGACGUGGUGGUGGAGGCCGUGGUGGUGGUGCUCCCCGUGGAGGCCGUGGUGGCAGCACCAAUCGUGGUGGAUUUGGCGACUACCGCGGUACGAAGACCACAUUUGAUUAG